GAUCCGCCCAACUCAACGAUUACCAUACCAUCAACCAAAAAACUUUCAAAAAUGCCACGCGUCCUACUUACCCUUUGCUCGCUCUCGCAGGAGAUCUUUCGACUUCUUGAAAGAGUCCAUGAACUUCAUGAGAAGAUCCUCGAUAAAGACGAUGUAAUCCACGAUUGGGAGAGAAGAGCGGAGCAGGUAGAAGGAAGACUCGUCAGGGAGUUGGCUGGGAAGGAUGCGACAAUCGUCGGGCAUGAGGCUAAGAUUGCUGCUCUCAAGGCAGAACUCGCUGCUGUCAGAGCUGGUCAACAGGCGAAGCUUGGUGAAGGCAGGAGACCCCGCAAGCGUCAAAGAAGAAUUCGCAAGUAGGGAGUUUCGGUGGGCGGAAAAUGUAGCAGCAGGCUCUUUUGGGAUUGGUUUGCCGUGUGGAGAGAGGGUGGUGCCCUACAAAACCAAAUCCUAAAACCACGAAGAGGAAGAAUUAAACUGUUUCCCA